AUGGGUGACGGAGUCGUGACGUUUGGAGUCCAGAAGCUAUGGAACUUCUUGAGUCAACAAUCUGAGCGAUUGCGCGGAGUUGAUGAGCAAGUUUCUGAACUAAGACUUGAACUAGGAAGGUUACAAUCAUUGUUGAAAGAUGCAGAUGCCAAGAAAUAUGAGAGUGAAAGAGUGAGAAACUUCUUGGAAGAUGUCAAAGACAUCGUUUAUGAUGCGGAGGAUACAAUUGAAAGCUUUCUUUUGGAACAAGAAAGGGCAAAAGAAAAAGGGAUCAAGAAGCAUGUCAAAAGAGUUGCUUGCUUCUUAGUAGAUCGUCGGAAAUUUGCUUUAGAUAUCAAAAGCAUAACUAAGAGGAUCUCCGAGGUGAUUGCUCGAAUGCAGAGUUUCGGAAUACAACAGAUCAUCGAUGGUACUGGUGGCUCUUCACUUUCUCUGCAAGAAAGACAAAGAGAGAUCAGACAAAUGUUUCCUAACAAUUCAGACAACGAUCUUGUGGGGUUGGAGCAGAGUGUUGAAGAGCUGGUUGGUCAUUUGGUUGGGAAUAAUAACAUUCAAGUUGUUUCUAUAACUGGUAUGGGCGGUAUUGGUAAAACCACUCUUGCUAGAGAAGUUUAUCAUCAUGAUAUGGUAAGACGUCAUUUUGAUGGAUUUGCAUGGGUCUGUGUUUCGCAACGAUUUACACAGAAACAUGUCUGGCAAAGAAUCUUGAAAGAUCUUAGACCACAUGACGAUGGAGACAUUUCACAUAUGGAUGAGUAUACACUCCAGAACAAACUCUUCAAGCUGUUGGAAACCAAUAGAUAUCUAAUUGUUCUCGAUGAUGUAUGGAAAGAAGAAGACUGGGACCGAAUAAAAGCAGUGUUUCCACGGAAAAGAGGUUGGAAUGUGCUACUUACUUCACGCAAUGAGAGUGUUGGUGUACAUGCCGAUCCAACAUGUUUUGCCUUUAAAACAAGAACCCUUACUUCUGAAGAUAGUUGGACACUAUGUUCGAAGAUAGCAUUUCCUAGGAGAGACGACACUGGAUUUAGGGUUGGUGAAGAACUAGAAGCCAUGGGUAAGAAUAUGAUCACAUUCUGUGGAGGCUUACCGUUAGCGGUUAAAGUGCUAGGAGGGUUGUUAGCUACAAAACAUACAGUUCCCGAGUGGAAAAGAGUAUAUGACAAUAUUAGAAAUCAGAUCAUACGAGGAUCUUGCUUAGAUGCGAACAAUCCUAGUUCGGUUUACCGAGUAUUGUCUUUGAGCUAUGAAGAUUUGCCAAUGUGUUUACAACAUUGCUUCCUUUACCUAGCCCAUUUUCCUGAAGACUACGAGGUAUAUGUGGACACAUUGUUCUAUUACUGGGCUGCAGAAGGAAUGAUAAUGCCAUCUUACCCUGGAGCAACCGUUCGAGAUAGCGCAGAAGGCUACCUAGAAGAGCUUGUGAGAAGAAAUAUGGUUAUUGCUGAAACAAGGUAUGAGACUUCUAAAUUUGAAAAAUGUCAUAUGCAUGACAUCAUGAGAGAAGUAUGUUUAUCUAAAGCCGAAGAAGAGAACUUCCUACAAAUUGUCAAAGCCCCUACCACAAUCUCUACCAUCAAUGUUCAAUCUCCUAGUAGAUCUCGUAGACUCGGUGUACAUAGUGGUAGUGCAUUUCAGAUGCUAGAACAAAAAUGCAAUCCAAAAGUCAGAGCUCUCUUGUGUUUUGGAGUCGAUGAAAACUUUUGCAUACAACCAGCUCAAUGCUUCAAGAGUUUACCAUUGCUCAGGGUGUUAGAUCUUUCUAGAGUUAAAUUUGAAGGAGGGAAGCUACCUUCCAGCAUCGGAGAGCUCAUCCACUUGAGAUUUUUGAGCUUGUUCGAGUCCGAGGUAUCUCAUCUACCUUCUUCCUUAGGGAAUCUAAAGCUUCUUCUCUAUUUGAACUUAUAUAUUGGUUUUGGGGUAUCACUUCAUGUGCCAAAUGUUUUGAAAGAGAUGCUAGAGUUGAGGUACGUUACUCUACCGUAUAAAAUGCCUGAUAGUACAAAGUUGGAACUGGGAAAUCUAGUGAAGCUGGAGUGCUUGUGGCAUUUCUCGACAAAGCAGAGUAGUAUCACAGACCUACUCCAUAUGACUAGACUCCAGAAUCUUGUAGUCUAUUUCCAUGAUGAGUGUACAUUGGAAACUCUAUCUUCGUAUCUGUCUGAAUUGAGAGACCUACAAUGUCUUGGUUUAUUUGAUGUCAUGCACGUCACUCGCCGUGUGGCUGAUGUUGGAGAAUUCAUUCAAGGUUUCAUUCAUCUCAAAGUAUUAAUGUUGGGCAUACAUAUGCCAAGGUUGUCAGAUCAACAUCGAUUCCCUCCGCACCUUAAACACAUAUUUCUUCAGUUUUGCCACAUAGAGGAGGAUCCAAUGCCGAUUCUAGAGAAGUUGUUUCACUUGAAGACGGUUGAGUUAUCACAGUUUGCUUUCGCCGGGAGGCGAAUGGUCUGUUCCAAUGGCGGGUUUCCGCAAUUGUGUGGGCUAGAAUUUUCGAAACUAGACAACUUGGAAGAGUGGAUAGUUGAAGAAGGGUCGAUGCCAUGUCUUCGUGCUUUAACUAUAAAUGAAUGCAAAAAGUUGAAGGAGCUUCCGUAUGGGCUAAGGUACAUAACUUCCUUGAAGGAACUUACUAUAAAAGGAAUGAAGAGGGAAUGGGCAGAAAAAUUGUUUGAAGGAGGACAAGAUUACUUCAAAGUCCAACAUAUUCCUUUUGUUCAAUUUGUCAAGUGUGAUGUUUAA